CAGUCAAGAACUAUCAAACAUUGCAACCAGUCCUGUUACCCUAGAGCCUCUAACUGAAGGCACAAGCAGUGCAACAUCAACAACAGAUGCCACAACAACCUCUGAGACAGCAACAGAAGAUGUUUCAACUGGUACACCAACAAAAAGCCUCACUGACUCUGAAAUGUCAACAUUUGGUAUCACAACCAAAUCGGUGUCAACAACAAUUAACACCGGAAGCAACUCAUGGAUGACUGAUAACACUGCAACCAGUGCUGGAACAUCAACAGGUAAUUCUGUGGCUACAGUUGGAACAGACACCGUGAGUGUCAAGUCUACUCCUCUCACAACAAAAGCAACAGUUUCAAGCAGUACUGGGACUUCAACGCAAGAUGCUGGAACUGUCACAAUGUCAGAAACAACUGUUGAAACGAGUUCCUUGACAUCAAAACCUAAACCUGAAACAAGUGCUGGGACAUCAACAGGAGAUCCUUUGACCAGUGAUGUGACAACAGUAGACUCAGAAAAGCAUGUUCUCACAGUAAUAACAAAUUUAGCAAGCACUGCAAGUACAUCAUCACCAGGUGGUCCAACUGACUCUUUGACAACAUCUCCAGAUGCUGAAACUACCACUAGCACAAGAAUGCCUUUUCCCGCAACUAGUUCUGGAACAAUGAUGCCAGUAGUUACAACCACUAGUGGGAUGUCAACAACUACUGCAGCCACAGGAAGUGAGACUCAGACCACUCUUAAAAUCACUGCUACCACAACAACAAAGCAAACUUUAACCAGUACCAGUCCAGAACUAUCAAACACUGCAACCAGUCCUGUUACACCAGAGCCUCUAACUCAAGGCACGAGCAGUGCAACAUCAACACCAGAUGCCACAACAUCUGUGACAGCAACAGCAGAUGUUUCAACUGGUACACCAACAAAAAGCCUCACUGACUCUGAAAUGUCAACAUUUGGUAUCACAACCAAAUCGGUGUCAGCAACAAUUAACACUGGAAGCAACUCAUGGAUGACUGAUAACACUGCAACCAGUGCUGGAACAUCAACAGGUAAUUCUGUGGCUACAGUUGGAACAGACACCGUGAGUGUCAAGUCUACUCCUCUCACAACAAAAGCAACAGUUUCAAGCAGUACUGGAACUUCAACGCAAGAUGCUGGAACUGUCACAAUGUCAGAAACAACUGCUGAAACGAGUUCCUUGACAUCAAAACCUAAACCUGAAACAAGUGCUGGGACAUCAACAGGAGAUCCUUUGACCAGUGAUGUGACAACAGUAGACUCAGAAAAGCAUGUUCUCACAGUAAUAACAAAUUUAGCAAGCACUGCAAGUACAUCAUCACCAGGUGGUCCAACUGACUCUUUGACAACAUCUCCAGAUGCUGAAACUACCACUAGCACAAGAAUGCCUUUUCCCGCAACUAGUUCUGGAACAAUGAUGCCAGUAGUUACGACCACUAGUGGGAUGUCAACAACUACUUCAGCCACAGGAAGUGAGACUCAGACCGCUCUUAAAAUCACUACUACUACAACAACAAAGCAAACUGCAACCAGUACCAGUCAAGAACUAUCAAACAUUGCAACCAGUCCUGUUACCCCAGAACCUCUAACUGAAGGCACAAGCAGUGCAACAUCAACACCAGAUGCCACAACAACCUCUGAGACAGCAACAGAAGAUGUUUCAACUGGUACACCAACAAAAAGCCUCACUGACUCUGAAAUGCCAACCCUCGGAACAAGAAACAGUUCUGGGUCAGCCUUAUCAUCUCCUGGUGCUACUACCGUGACCCAGUCUGCCAACUACACACAGAAUAUGACAUUGGCAUUUCUUGAAGCUGUGCUGGAUAAAAAUUUUUCCUCGUCGGCUGUUAGUGAUGAGGAAUUCCUGCUAUGGCUUAGGCUGCAACUCAGACCUUUGCUGGUCAAUCUCUCUCCAACUAUGGUUAUUUACCUAUUCAGAAUUGUGAAAAACAGGAGCUGCAACAGCAGCCAAGAGAUGAUUUCAGUGCUUGAAACUAUGCAGAUGACACUCAGCGACGAAACCAAGGCAGAGAUCUACAAAAAUAUGAUCCUCUUCCUCCAAGAUCAAACCCUACUAAAGUGCUACAGUGGUGGAAGCUUUUACAUCUUCCUGAAGAACAACUUCCUUAGCUUUGGCUUUCCUGAUGUCCCAUCAUUCAUCUCUCUUCUUCCACCAACACGCAAAUCAGAGCUCCUAAAUACCAUUAGCACCUCAGAACUGCGUCAGUUCCUCAUUCAGCCUGGCGCAAUCAGUAACAGUUCAGGCAUCUGCAUCAUCUUCAGCAACUACAACAACACUCCUUCCUUCCUAGAAAACGAGGACGUCCCAGACGAUGUGAGGAGGAUCAUCCUUCCCUGUGUUUGGCCUUUGGCUCUGAGCAGCAACAGAAGAUCUGAGGUUGAUCUGUGGUUUAACGUACGUUUGAGGAACUAUUUGAAGUUCCUCACCAAGGAUCUCAUCAGCUACAACGAAGUGCAGAAUGCCUCAUGUCUCACCUUCCAAAAACUGGUGUUUUUUAUGGGGAAAUUCUUCCCAUACACCAGUUCUGAGUUUGGACAAGAAGAUGUAUACACAACCAUCAGGAGUUUCCUGAGAGCCGGCUCUGGAGCCAGAUGCUACGAUCCCAGGGAUCCAGAGCUGAAUUCUACCUCCUGGUUUGUCAACUACAUUGGCAGCUUUGUUACAUUUCUCACUUUGGAUGAUCUCACCAGUUUUAUCUCCACCUCUCAGCUGGAGAUAUUCCUGAAGGAUUACUCUAACCUGGAACUCUUCAACAACACAGCCAUCUCUAAAUAUGUAACAGGCUACUACAUCACCCAGCUAUACACAUUCGAUCCGAACUUCAGUCCAUUCAAGCUUCCAGGCUCUUUAUUAUGUUCCUCUGACAUCCCAAGCUCAGUAUUUUCCUCUCUUGCUGAAUCUGAGACAAUGGUCAUCUUGGAAAAACUGAAGACAUUCUGUAAUGGAACAGAAGAUCCUGAGAUAUCUGCAUCUCUGACAUCCAACAUCAAGAAUUUCACAGCGGAAACUUUUGGAGAACUUGGCAGCGCCUCUUCAGCACUGACCAUAGGUCAGAUCCUUACAGUGCCACCUUCAGUGCUGGUUUCCUCUUUGUCCACCCUGGGCUCUGUGAAAAACUGGGGCCAGGACCAGGCCACCACUGUCAUCCAGUCCAUCACCUCCUCAGGAUUUCAGAUCAACAGCGCAGCUUCUCUGGAGUCUCUAGGAACUCUUGUUGUUGGACUUCGCUCAGAGUCAAUUCAAAAGAUCUCAGCUUCCGAAAUACUCAGCGCUUCCAAGAGUCCCAACAUCGUUUCCAACAUACUGGAAGCCUCAAAGGUCGUCCAGGAGACUUUUGUCAGAAAGAUCAUUUCUGUGGACGCAAAUCCAGUUAAAUUGCUGGAGAAUGUCCCUGAUGUCCUAGCAAAUGAGAUCCCAUCUUCACUGCUGGUAUUUUCUGAGAGCACAGUCAACAUCAGUAUGAUUAACAAAAAGAUGUGGACUCCAGAUCAGUCAGCCAUGUUUAUUGGGAUAUUGGGUGAAUCAGGCUUUGACAUCGAACAGCUUUCGCCGUCUGUGCUGCAAGGCUUCAGCUGUUCAUCGGUUCAGAAAAUGUCUAAAGCCAAAAUCAAGCAGAUGAUCCGUGCCUGUCGACCGAGGAAAGAAACAGCCAAGGUGGAUCUGAAGGAACCUCAACUGACCUGCAUGUACAACCUGAUCCGUGACGACCUCUCUCAGAACUUCACUGAUUACCCUUCAGACAUGCUUCUCUACUUGGAUGUUCAAGAUGUCCAGAAAGCAAACUGCAGGUCCUACUUUUCUGCCCUGGGUGCUACAGACUUCUCUGUGGCCUCCAGCAUCUUGAACAAGGGCCCACAGAAGUUCAGGGAAGCUCGAGACUGCUUGGGGAUCAGUGGCAUCAACCUGAGCAGAGACAAUGUGGAGGUCCUGGGGAACAUGGUCUGCACUCUGGAUAGAUCCGACAUUGAGAACUCAGAUCCUCUCAUCCUGGAAAAACUCAAAGCCUGCAAAGACCUCUCUGCCAGCCAAGUGGCUGCUAUGGAAACACUGCUGCUGUCUGGGAAAACACAAUACGGAGCUGUAAACAGUUGGGACCAACAGACGCUAGAGAGUCUGGGAACACUUCCUUUGUAUUUAACAAGAAACAUCUGGACACAUUUCACAGCUGCAACACAGAAAAGAUUCCUUAAGGGUUUCAUGCCUGACCUAAGGAAACAAAACACACAGAAGAUGAAGCUCAGGAAUCUGUUUUCAGAGCUCACCCCUACAGUAGCAAAACGAGGAGCAGGAUGCAGUGAGGGGAACAUCACCCAGGUGACCAUCAGCGACCCUUCCUUCCCCUUUGGCUACAAUCAGCUGCAGUUUGAACUCUGCCUGGACGUUCCCAUUCUGAAAGAUAACCUCUACUCCAUCUGCCAGAAAGUGGAUGAUGAUGGUUAUCAAAGAAUCAUUCUCAAUAAACUCAACCAGGCAUUCCCAUCUGGAGUUCCUGAUCAGGAAGUACAGAUGCUUGCUUCAGUCUCUCGCUCAGCAACACCUGAUGACAUCUCUAAGUGGAACAUCACUGCACUGGAUACCUUGGCAGCUCUGAUGAAACCUGAAGAUGGAGCAUGGGAGAUGGCACAGAGCAAAGCAAUCAUCACCAAGUACCUGAAUACCUCUGGAAAUUCACUGGGCAGCAGUGAACUGAACAUUAUUGACUCCAACCUCACUGGACACCAGCACAUUACAGACCAUUACAGCAGACAAAAUGCCAAGCAUCUAAAUGUGGCAUCAUGUUCAACUGAGCAGAAGAGAGUCCUCUUCGAGAUCAGCAACUCCUCCUUCAGCGUCCAUCGUGAUAAUCCCAUUAACUUUUUUAACCUGGUUAAAGGCUAUCUAGGGGGAGCACCUCAAGCAGAUAUUGCAACGUUAUCAAGACAGAACAUCAGCAUGGAUGUCCAGACUUUCAGGAGUCUGGAUAUCAACGUGAUAACUAAUCUGACUGUGGCCAACGUCCAAGGUCUGAUGGGUGAAAACCUACGAGAUCUCAAACUGUUUGAGAAUGAUACUGUGGUUCAGACCUGGGUGAACCUACAGCUACAGUCUGACCUGAACACACUGGGUUUGGGUCUAAUCACCACUCGGGCAGACCCAACAGUACCAACCAGUACAAACAGCACUGAGCCACAGGCUGCAACCACCAGUGGUGUCCUGGAGUUCACAAAAUCACCAGCCUCUGUUCUCCUGACCGCUCUGCUCACAGCUGCUCUACAAAUAAUCCUGCGACCAGCCUAA